AGCGUCCGUUCUUUACAUGUUCACGCCACAAAUUCAAUCAAUGAUUAAAAAUUGAUUUCUCAAUUCGUAAUUAAAAUACGUCUAUGUUAAUUAAAACGUAGAAAAAUUUGUUGGGCGGUCAAUAAACAUUGCCUUUUGUGAUUUCAUUUAAAAAUGUUUACAUCGACUUUUUUGUUUAUAUUUGAAAUCACAUUAGCGGCCACUCAGAUCCCAAGCCACACGGAUUACCAGAAAAUAGGCGAAGUUCUAUUCAGAAAUGAAAAGUAUAAUGUAUACAAACCUACUAUACAUUCAGUGACGGAUUAUUUUAAGAGUUACAUGCUAGACCAGCUGAGAAGGAAACCGAAUGAGAGAGUUUUUAUCGACGACGAUGGCUUCAGACACGAAUGGCUAAACUUUGACGAAGACAAAGGAAACUUGCGCAAGCAAAACACCGAUAUAUCAGUAAAAAAUGAAACUACAACUAGACCUAACGCAGAAAAGAAAAGGAGGAAGACGCCGAAAAGAAAAAAGAAAGUAACAGAAGCAGUUAAAGAAGAUAGAAAAAAUUUAAGAGAAGGAGAAAACUUGGAAGGCAGGACCGUUGCUAAAACCACGUUUUACUGCCCGUUCCUCGGAAUCGUCACGAUGCAUUCCUUCCUUGACUGAAACCUACAUGUUAUUGUAAACAUAAAUUCAUUAAUUAGAUUUCUAAUUUAAUCAAUAAAAUAAUUAAAUCUCCUACAAAUAUUUAGAUUACAUGAAAUAUUGGAAGUCGGAUAUUUCGUCACAGCUGUUCGCUAAUUAAACAUUUGGAAUCUGUGUUUUCGGACGCAGUAAGAUGCAAUACAUAUUUUUAUCCAACAAAUUUCAUCGCAAUUAAAGGUAUUUGGCCAUUGGCAAUUGGAAAAUACCAACCAAAGUACAAUCAAGAUAAUUCGAUUGAAAUAAAACUUUGAUGGCUUUCUUCUGGAUAGUGUUGUUCUUUAAUAUGCAUAACCAUUAAAUAUAUUAUUAUAUUAUAUUAUGCUCUAAACAAAAUUAUCUUAUGAUAGAUGGAAAAGAACACAACCAGUUUACAUUUUAUAAAAUCUAGAUUCAAAUCAUUCUAAAUCUUUCCUCUCCUUCGAAUCCCGAUUAAAUCUUCUAUUAAAUCUCCCAGUCAUAUACGGAUCCAGGUCUUCGUUAACUUUAUACUUAUCAAAGGUUCCCAUGAAAGAAUUCACAGCGGUUCUCAAAGCUCUCCUGUAACUGUUGACCGGCAUUUUCUCUUUUAGCAUCACGACUGGCUCGAAUGGUAUCAUGAAGCCGGCGGCAGACGCGACUAAUGGCAUCAGCGGAGCGGGUAGAUAAAAUGAUAUUAAUUCCAUUGCUCCGUUUACAAUGCACGUUCCAAUGUUCCUCAACACUGUAGCCACUUUAGGUAUAGAAACUAUUCUAAAAAUCGGUGUUGUCAAAGUUUUAUACAGACUCGUGGUGAUUGUCUCGGGAUUAUUCCUUCGUACUGUGUUCGAUAUUGACGCACUAGUGGUAGCUAAGGAGGUUGGACUUGUUUUGUCGAACUGAUCGUUAAUUUCCGGCUGCUGAGGCUGUAAUGUAAUCUGAUAAUAUUUAAAAUAUAUAUUUGUGGGUAGAUUUGUUUUGGAACGAAGUUCCUUAUGGAAUGAUGCGGAGGGGUACCCUAACCGGGAAAAAACGUCCGUAACGUAAGAUGUUUAUUAGUAAUACACACAGUGUACGACUUAACUUUGUAUAAUACAAAAAAUAACAUAUUUUUACUACAUAUUUUUUAUAAAUCAUUGUGAAUAAAAUAAAGUUGAUAGCUUUGUAAA